UUGUUGUUGUUCAAGCAAAUGUCAAAACAAAAAGUUGAUAAAAAUAUUUCGCUAUGGACGAAAACAAUUUUGGAUCCGCGGUUUUCAUCGGUGAAAGUGUGCAGAAAACGGUGGAAAAGUGCCCAGGACUAUACUGUGGUCGGACGCUUCUGGAAAACUCAUCCUACAGCGAAUGUGGUGCUUGUAUGCGGGGUUUCCGCGUGGACAAGCAGUACAUUUGCUCGCCCUGCCAGAAUGACCUAAGCCAGUACGAUUGGUUGUAUCUGGGCUUCAUGGCCAUCCUUCCGUUGAUCAUCCAUUGGUUCUGUAUUGAUCUAAACCGUCAAAAUCAGAGAAAGUUCACCAAGGGAGAAAUGAUCCUGCACGCGAGCGCUUGCAUCGAGGUGCUGCUGUCCGCUUUCCUAACCAUCCUAUUUACGGAUCCAAUCUGGGAGAUGCGGAUCAAUUCUUGCGGUGUGCGCCGGCUAUCCGAUUGGUACACACUGUUCCACAAUCCAACACCGAACUAUGAGACGACGCUAUACUGUACACAGGAAGCAGUUUACCCUCUGCAAACGAUGAUCUUCGUGUUCUACUUAUUUUGUGUUACGUUCAUGAUGAUCAUCCGGCCGGUGCUAAAUGCAAGAGCUCUACCAGUUUGCGGGAAAAUGGCAGUAUAUUACGCAUUGUACAUUUUCCCCAUACUUUGUCUGCUUCAUGCUGUGGCAGGAGGAUUGAUUUAUCAUCUAUUCCCUUACCUUGGAAUCAUAAUCUCUGUGGUCUCGAAUGCACUUCAUUUUUCCUUCAAACUAGACCAGACGAUGAAGUCGCUGCUGGAAAACUCCGUCACUCAGAUGCGAAAUGUCACCAUUAUCUUGGGCCAUUGGUUGUUGCUAGCGUAUGGGAUCAUAUCGAUUCGCUAUGGUGUAUCCUACUUUUCCCUGUUACUCGUGCCCGUUCCUGCUUUAUUUUACAUAUUUACUGCUAAGUAUACCGAUCCAGAUAAUUUUAAAUGAAUUUUUAGCUUUAAUAUUUAUAUUGAAUACGUUUUUAGUAUUAUAUAGACAUAAUGUGUUUUAUUUGCUGUUGCAUUAGAAAAGUUUCUUUUUAACGUAGAUGAAAUUUCACAAAGGCCUGGUAAUAUGACAGAAUGGAUAAACAAACAGGUUCGGGGUAUAUUGUA